AUGGCCAGUCCCUGGCAGGUCCCACAGCUCCUGCUGGCCAUUCUGAUGGUGCUGGUGGCCUUCAGCGACCAAUUCAGGAGGAAGACUUACAUCAGCGUGAGUGAGGAGACAGCAGUGAGUGAGUUCGUUCCCGAGACCCUGCGCUUCCUCAAUGAACAGUACAACCAAGACAGUGAGGAUGCGUACAGCUUCAGGAUCAUGCGAGUGCUCCAGGUGCAGAGCCAGGUGACUGAUCACUUGGAACAUCACGUCAAGGUGGAAAUGCAGAGAACCACAUGCCUGAAGCCCACAUACAGCAACUGCGCCCCUCAGGAAGGGGAACAGGCCAAGCAAAUCAGUUGCUACUUCUCUGUGUACACGAACCCCUGGAAUAAAAAGUACAAGAUCUUGAAGAAGCAGUGUGAGGACCAUACCUCCCCCAUGGCUCCCACCUCGCAGAAGCCCGUAGUCCUCAGCACGGACAAUAAACAGGACUGA